GAGCGGGGUGAGCCCCGGGAAAGCGCGGGGAGAAGCCAGGCUGGAAGAUCGCUGCCCUUGUGGGCGGUGCAGGCGUGUCCGGGUCCGACACUCGGGGGCACGCGACAUGAUUGGUGGCCAGCGUAUGACAAGGUUGCUAUCUGCUCAUAAUAGCAGAAACCAUGGGGAAACGUCGAGUGGCGACAACUUUUUAACCUGACUAGAGCUGCGGAAUUAAAUCCUGUCAGAAGUGUAUUGUACAGCUAAAGACAACGACCACCGGGUCAUCUGAGAUUGUUUGGCCUUCUGAUAAGCCCAGGAAAAGAUUAGAGAUCACUACUCAAGCAGAAUUACAAGUGGUUGUGUGCACACCCAUUCUCUACCCAGUUUCCUAAGACUGUCACAAAGAUGUUUGACAUAAAGGCGUGGGCUGAGUAUGUCGUGGAAUGGGCUGCAAAAGACCCAUACGGCUUCCUUACCACAGUCAUUCUGGCUCUCACUCCGCUCUUCCUAGCAAGCGCUGUCCUGUCCUGGAAAUUGGCCAAGAUGAUUGAGGCCAAGGAGAAAGAGCAAAAGAAGAAGCAAAAACGUCAAGAAAAUAUUGCCAAAGCUAAACGACUAAAAAAAGAUUAAAGGAAUGGAGAGGUUGUGUAACUGGAGAAAAAACAUUUGGAAAUCGUGCAGCUUUAGAAGGACUCACUAAGGUUUCAUUCGUAUUCAUGGAAGUAUUACUUAAUAAAUUACAGCUGACCAUAUAGGAGAAUCAUGUUCUGACCUCGAUACUGUAGUAACUUUUAGGCUGUUACAGAAGUUUGUUGGUUUCUGCCAAAAGUUACUAUGAAUUGGCAUUUACCAUACUGGAGCAUGUUUAAUCUGAAAAUCCAAACCCCUCUCAAAUCUGAAACGUGCAGACAUGACGUUGCAAGUAGUCAGUUCCACAAGUGAACUUGUGAAGUCUGCAGCUAAGAUACAGGAGCACUGAAAAUAACAUUCUCUUCAGGUUAAAUGAGACGGAGAUGAACUUUGAUUAGACUUGGAUCCCAUCAGCAAGGUGUUAUGCAAAUACUCUUAAGGUCUGAAAAACUAAAAUAUUACUGGUCAUUAUUUCUGUUGAGGGAUGCUCAACUUGUAGUUCUUUAUAACUGACAGCUGGGCGCCAUUUUGCAGCUUAUGUUUUCAAGUGAAAACACUGUAUGAAGAAAAAUGGCUUUACGACUAUGAACUUGAUUCAAAUACUGGUUUAAAAUGAGGUUCUAUUCUGGAAGUGAAAAGUUUAUGUUGGCUUGAAAGACAUACAGUUUAUUAAUCACAAUUUUAAGAAUCAUUAUUUCUUAUUUUUUGGAAUAGAAGCAUUGCUGACUUUUUCUCAAAGGGAAAUGAUAUUAAUAAGUAUGUCUAUUUUUUUGCAUUUUUCUCACAUUGACCUUUGAGGUAGUAAUUAUCAAGACAUUUUGCAUUUUUAAUGUAAUUUUAUAAAGAAUUCUCUUACUGGCCAUGUAGAGGACCACCUGCUGGACAUAAUAGUUUUUGUAUUUCUGAGCACUGCCAUUUUCCUAGAUGAGUUGCUGAGAACAGAAACACUGGUGUACAGCUUGCAGACAAAAUGCCAAGUGCUGUUGUACUUGGGCAUCAGCGUUGCCUUGUGCUUAUGACAGCUGUGAGACAGUUAAUAUGUCUUAUCUGAUAAUUUGCUGAUUAUAUAGAUAGGACUUGUUUUUAUUUUUUUUUAAGAUUUUUAUUUAUUUGAGAGUGAGAGAAAGAGGCAGAUAGAGAGAGAGAAAGAGAAUGAGUGUGCCAGGGCUUCCAGCCACUGCAAACGAACUCCAGACACGUGCGCCCUCUUGUGCAUCUGGCUAACGUGGGUCCUGGGGAAUCCAGCCUCGAACUGGGGUCCUUAGGCUUCACAGGCAAGCACUUAACCGAUACGCCAUCUCUUAGCCCAGGACUUGUUUUUAUUACAUUCUGUUUUAAACUCGUGUGGUAGUGGUAUCAUGAUUUUUUAAUCAAACAGGAUCAAAGUGAAAAUUAAAAUUUCAAUCUUCUGAUGGAGAAUGGAAUUUCAAAGGGGAAAGUGCGGGGGGAGGGUAUUACCAUGGGGUAUUUUUUAUAAUCAUGGAAAAUGUUAGUAAAAAUUGUGAAAAGAUAAAAAAAAAAAAAAUUCAAUCCUCUAAAGAAUAAGUAAACAGUUAAAUCCUACUUCCUAAGUGGUA